UUCCCACCGACUUUUGUUUUAUGGAUUUUUGGUGUCUACAAUCUCUUCGCAAAUCUACUCCCACAACCUGCCAGUGGCGGGAGUUAUCAUCUCUUUGCAGGACUCUUUUUCAGUGUUCCUAGGGUGGUUUGACCAUUUCUAGCAUGAAUGUUUUUGAGUUGAUCAGAUCAGAUAGAUUGCUCGCUAUCCCUACUAAUUAAUAAUAGCCUUUUCAUUGAUUUGAUAAAUAAAAUCGUUACCACGUGACGAAGGAACAAUUUGGCGGGUUCUCAUUUAAUUGUACACGUAAUCUGUAUUAUCUUUCUGUCGGAUUUUAUACUCUCAGUCUCAUCUCUGCCCACUUGCAAAAUUGCAAAUUCUCAAAACUCUCGAUCUACAGAACAAAAUAAAACCUCAACUCAAAUUUCUAAGGUAACAAUCACUGUUUUAUUGCUCCUUUUCAACAGCUUCAAUGGAGAAAUCUGGUUACGGAAACGAUGGAAUUUACAGAUCUUUAAGACCACCUGUAAAUCUACCUAAUGAUCCAAACAUUUCAUUAGUGUCAUUCCUAUUCCGAAACUCAGACUCUUAUGCUGAUAAAAUCGCUAUCAUUGAUGUUGAUUCUGAUGAAUCUUUAAGCUUUAAGGAGUUCAAAUCCAUGGUUAUUAGGGUUUCCAAUGGUUUUGUCAAGUUGGGAAUAAAAAAAGGUGACGUGGUUUUGAUUCUCGCCCCAAAUUCUGCUCAAUUCAUUUUAUGUUUCUUAGGAAUUGUUGCUAUUGGUGCUAUAGCUACUACUGUUAAUCCCUUAUAUACAACAACUGAAAUUUCAAAGCAAAUUAAAGAUUCCAACCCAAAAUUGAUUGUUACUGUUGAUCAGUUGUAUGAAAAAGUUAAAGGAUUUGGUUUACCAUUCGUGAUUUUGGGUUCUUCAAGUUCUUUAUCUGGUUCAGAAUUUACAUUAUUUUCCAAGUUAGUUGAAUUGUCUGGGCCGGUUUCGUCGAGUUUUAGAUUUGCUCCUGUUAAGCAAACUGAUACUGCUGCGUUAUUGUACUCGUCUGGUACUACUGGUACAAGUAAGGGUGUCGUACUAACACAUAGAAAUUUCAUUGCCGCAUCUCAAUUUUGUUGCUCGGAUCAGGAUUGUAAUGGAGAAAAGCAUAAUGUAUUUCUUUGUUUCCUUCCAAUGUUCCAUAUAUUUGGGCUCUCAAUUAUAUCGUAUUCUCAACUACAAAGAGGGAAUACGUUGAUUUCAUUGGGGAAAUUUGAUUUACAGAUGGUGUUAAGAUCAGUAGAGAAAUAUAGAGUUACUCAUUUAUUUGUUGUUCCUCCAAUUAUGCUUGCUUUGGCUAAACAAAGUUUCGUGAAGAAUUAUGAUUUGUCAUCUCUAAAGGUUCUCGGUUCUGGUGCGGCACCACUUGGGAAGGAUAUAAUGGAAGAAUGUUCAAGGAAUUUACCACAUGCAGCAAUUCUUCAGGGUUACGGUAUGACAGAGACUUGUGGAAUUGUUUCCAUAGAGAAUCCGUAUGAGGGAGUUCGAAACUCUGGUUCAACAGGGCCCCUUUCACCAGGAAUUGAAUCUAAAAUUGUUAGUGUAGAUACAAUGAAGCCUCUCCCCCCUACUCAGCUUGGUGAAAUUUGGGUUCGUGGUCAAAAUAUGAUGCAAGGCUAUCUCAACAAUCCACAAGAAACCAAGUUGACAAUAGAUGAUCAAGGCUGGGUCCACACUGGAGAUCUUGGGUAUUUUGAUGACCAAGGACAACUUUUUGUUGUCGACCGAAUAAAAGAACUUAUCAAGUAUAAAGGAUUUCAGGUCGCACCUGCCGAGCUUGAAGGGUUGCUAGUUUCUCACCCUGAAAUAUUAGAUGCAGUUGUCAUCCCAUUUCCUGAUGCUGAAGCCGGUGAGGUCCCAGUUGCAUAUGUUGUACGUGCGUCCAACAGCUCACUAAACGAAGUUGAUGUUCAGAAAUUUAUUGAACCUCAGGUAGCACCAUUCAAAAGAUUACGUAGGGUAACAUUUGUAAACAGUGUUCCGAAAUCAGUUUCAGGAAAAAUUCUCAGAAGAGAGCUAAUCGCUAAGGUUCGGUCCAAGAUAUGAUGAUGCUAACGAAGAUUAUACAACUCUGCAUUUCAGUGCUCCUUGCUUAUGUAUUCUGCUUAGCAAUAAAGGAAAGGCAAUUGGACUGUUCUACACAUUUUCUUCUCCCUUUUGCAAAUAAUUGGUUCUCUCAUUAGGGUCAUGCAGUGUGGCUAAGCCCACGAGAAAUGAGUUUGCAAUCGGCAUUCUUAAACUUCCCGCAAAAAUGUAAUAGUGAAGCUUCCCACAAUUAUGUCUCCCUUUCAUGGAAGUGUCAUUGUGCCAGUAUUAUAAUAUCAGCCAAUAUCCGUUGUAAAAUACAUCUACAAAACUGCAUGCUUUUUCUGAUAUGAUCCGGAAAUCAGAAUAACUAACCUUGAUGGCCAAUUUUAGACAA